AUGAAGUUCGCGGUGUCCGUCGCGCUUUUCCUCUUCUGCAUCCUAUGUGUCAUCAGGCAGUUGCAGUCUGCCAGGAUUCUAGCUAUCGUUCCGACGCCUUCCUAUAGUCAUCAGAUCCCGUACCGUCCACUGUGGUUAGAACUGAAUAAACGAGGGCACGAUGUCGUGCUCGUUACUGCGGAUCCGAUUCCGAACCUGGACCGGAAAAACUUUACGCAGAUCAACGUUGGCCAGUCCUACAGUGACAUAAGGAAGAUCGACUUCAUUAAGAUGCGGUUUGACAAAGUGAAGUGGUUGACAUUCGUCGAGGAAAAUUUGAUGGCCAUGGGCACCUCUUUCGCGGAGAACGUGCUGAACAACACGGACAUGAAACGGUUGUAUGCGCCUAACAGCAACGAGCAUUUCGACGUUGUGCUGGUCGAGAUGCUGGCGGUCCCUGCCACGUACGUCUUCGCUCACAGGUUCAACGCGCCCAUGAUAGGAUUAAGUUCAUUAGGGGUGCUUGCACUCAAUGAACAUGCUCUCGGCGGCCUUGUAUUGCCAUCACACGAAUACACCUGGGAAAUGGAAGCAAACGUAGGAACGCAUCAGCCAUUUUGGAAAAGGCUACAGAACUUUGUGAACCUAUAUCGUAUUGUGCAUAUUUUGUACCGUGACCUAUUUCCCGAGCAACAAAAAUUAGCGCAAAAGUACUUCGAGAAGCCUCUGCCUCCACUACUCGACAUACUGAAGAACACCAGCCUUAUAUUUGUCAAUCAAGCCGAUGCUAUAACUCCCGCGCGACCAAAACUGGCAAACAUGAUCACGUUCACCUCCUUCCACGUCAAGGAAAAACAGAUUCCGUUGCCCCAGGAUUUGAAACGCUUCUUGGAUCAAGCGACUGAAGGAUGCAUCUACUUCAGCCUCGGCAGCAACGCUAUGAGCUCGGACCUGCCGAAAGAGACUCUACAGGUUUUCUUCGACGUGUUCGAUAAAUUGCCCUACAAAGUUGUGUGGAAGUACGAGAAAGAGCCGCCAAUCAAACGUGACAAUAUCUUUUUCGGAAAAUGGCUUCCCCAACAAAGUAUUCUUGCACAUCCCAAUAUUAAGAUGUUCAUUUACCAAGGAGGUCUACAAAGUACCGAAGAAGCGGUACAUUUCACGGUACCGUUAUUAGGAUUUCCGGUAUUAGCAGAUCAGGACUACCAAGUAGGUAGGAUGGAGGCCCUUGGGGUCGCGAUACGUUCAGAAAUCACAACCAUCACAAGAGAGGAAUUGGAAGGGGCUAUUCUAGAACUGAUGAAUAACAAACAAUACAAGGAAAAAAUGAUCGAACUCAAAAACACCAUGAACGACAAUCCUUACGAUAUGGUAGAGCAUUUGGUGUGGUGGACGGAAUACGUGAUCCGUCACAAAGGAGCCCCUCAUUUUCGAUCGACUUUGGCUGAUCAACCGUGGUACCAACGCUGCGAUAUGGACAUCGUGGUGUUCCUGACGAUCGUAGCCGUUUUAGUAAUUUCAAAAACAACCAGUAUCAUCGCGACACUAGUCGUGCGAUCUUACAAACGUUAUCACCUGAUGUCCACAACAGGAAAGCGAAAAAUUAAUUAGCUUUAAAUUAGAGAAACAGUGUUGUACCUAGAUACCAUUUAUGAAUUGUGUUCGUCAUGUGUUCUGCAGCGGAACAUGCCGAUCGUUUUAGUAGUCAUUGGAUGUACGGAUGUUACCAGAAUGCUCGACGUGUUUGUAAAUUAAUUGAUACGUAGAACAAGCCAAAAUUGUACAAAUACCAUAAACAUGUUAGCAUACUAAUAAUUUAAGGAUCUCUUUAUGCAUGGUAUAUUAGCUGGCGAAGUUAAAUGUGCGAGUGAUUAGCAAGUGCGAUAUCAGUUACAGUAUUUAAAGUAUAGUGUAAUAUAAUAUCGUCUCGUGUACGUGUGAUGUAUACUGCAUACUGUACAAUAUUGUUUCAAUUGUACUUACAGUAUGAGUUAAUCUUAGAGAUCUAAUUAUGCAGUCCUUUUAAAUAUAAUUGUUCUUGUAAGAAGUUGAUACUGAUGCUAUUAAAUAUUUGUUUUGUAAAAAGUUAUUAGUAAUUCCAAUUAAAAUGAAAGGUUUUUAUAAAAUGUUAUUAAAUUUCUCGUUUUAUUUUUUCUUUCGUUGCACCAGAUUUUUAAAGCAAUCGUUUCUACCGAUUAUACCGAUAAUAUCUAUUUCCUUUCAAGAAAACAAAUGUUUCCAACGACUCGUAAGUACUCACUUGAGAUAAUAAAUAUGAUUAUUGCAGUGAUUUAAGAAAAAUAAUUAAGAAACUAUUAAAAAAUCAAAAUGACCGUCUUAUGUGUAUUAUCACCUACUUAAAAAUCGCGUUAUUUCAUAUAUUAU